AUGCAGAUCCCCGGCCGCAACGCCUGCGGGCUUCGCGGAUGCAAUGCCGCCAUCGACAGGAAUCCCCCGUCGUGCCCAGCCUGCCGCGACGUCCCCACGGACGACAUCUUCGACGGGGCUUCGUGCCACUAUUACUGCUCCUCCCAACACCUCUCCGCCGACAAGAGCCGCCACGAGCAAGAGUGCUUGGCAAGGAGGACCUGGCGGUCGAUGGUCAGGGUCGGCGCCCUCUACAACAUGCUCUUCAUGUGCCUGCAGACGAACCUGUUCCUCUCCCACAUGGUUGCAGCUGAGGUAGAUGCCGAGGGCCUUAAGCUGGUGACCUUGGCACGGAGGAAGACCGUCGGGGGAGACUCGUGGGACUACACGGCCAUCUUGCUGCCGGAGGUCCUGGGCGCUUGGAGCUUCGACCAAUGCCGGAGCUGCGUUGCAUGGCUGACUCCCGUCCUGGGCUGGCUUGUGGAGGACCUACCUCUGCGCAUCGACGAGAAGGACCUCCGGCCGAAAGACACACCCAACAGGCAAAAGGUGUACACGCCGAUGUCGCGGUCCUACAAGAUCGCGACAAGACACCAGGUUGUCACGCUCACUCCGACACUCACCUGGCCACCAUCCCCCGAAGGCCUGACCCUCGACGCGACCUCGAUGCAGUACGGACACACGGUGGUGAGUCUACGAGACUCUGACUACAUGAGGGAGAGGGCGGAUCCGGCAGGAGCAGAGACGCAAGACUUCGGCCACACGUACACAGAGUGGGUCAAGGACAAUCGGUGGUGCCGGAAGAACACACGCUCGUAUAGAGAAUUUGCCAUGGAGCAGAUUGCAAUUGCGAAGAUGCAUCAGGCGGUGUGGCAGAAGCUUCCUCGUCGUGAAGAUCGCCAGGACCUCCUUCUCGACAUGAGCCACGAAGCAUUCAUUGAAGCAAGGGACAACAUUGGAAGGGCUGUGUGCGCGGAGCUCCAGCUACUGCGCCCAGGAUUCGAAAAGAUAGAAGCGGCAGACGGGCAGUGCGAUGAUGACCUCGAGCGAAUGCGAGAAGAGCAACGGGGUGAGGGCGAUGAGGAGAUACAAGAAAGGCUGAUGGACUUGCUGGAUGCAGGCUGUGACAUGUAG